UCAUAGAGUCCUAGUAUUGCACUGCACCAGACGUUUUUCUGAGAUAAAACCAUAUAAAAAAAACUAUCGAUGUUGCAGCCCUAUAAUAAUUAUAAAAAUUCCAUCACCGAGCACAAUCGAAGCCUCUCUUUUUUGACCAACAAAUUCAAAUUUUAUCAUAAUUUUCCAAAAAAAGUCGGAAACAUUCCACCAUCACACAAAUAGUUUGCUACAACAUUGAUAUUAAUUUUGGUAAAAAUUAUCCCCAUCGGAAGGCGUACGUUAAUUCAUCACAAUGGCACCCACACCACCAAAAUCGAAUCCGUCGUUGCCGGCGGUGGUGAGCAAAAGUCCGCGGGCGGAGCUAUCAUUCACAAUUCAGUUUCUGUCGGGAAGGGCCGUGGUGAUGGUGGAGUGCCCGGGGUAUGACACGGAGCUGUUCAUACCGCAGAUUGUCAAAGACCGGAUCACCCUCCAAAACAUUAUGCUGAAUAGAUGGUGCUGCAGUGAGUCCAGCUUGACCACAUACCCGACCGUUCAACCUGUGAGCAGUCCGCCGGUGCGAGCACCGAAGAGGAUGAUUUCGUCUACACUACCACCACCACGAGGUGAAGGCUUUGCUGGCAAGACAAAAGCGUUUAGAUCGGGUAAACAAAAAGCCAAUGAAAUGGAUGAAGCGCACGUGAUUUAUUGCCGCUGAUUUGUCUACGUUUUCAAAAUGUACUGUUCGCCCUUCAAGUCAAUUGCAAUAUGUCUUAGGGUGUAGCAGCGUAUUAAAUGUCCCUUUCAUGAAGAAACAUUCUUUUUAGUCCUACUUAGUCGUAGUUAGCCCUACUAUAUGUACAAAUCUACCUAAAGAUAAUAAAUUUAAAUAAUUAUAAU